AUGGUAAGUGAACUGAUCAUAUUGCGCUGUCUUGGCCACGUGUUCCGUAUGCCAGUCAACCGAAUUUCUCGAAGGGCUCUUUUCGCACAAUCACGUGAAGGGUGGAAACGAGUCAGGGGAGGUCAAAAUGAAUUGGCAGCGAAGUUGAAAGUCAUUACCAGAGAACUCAGCUGCCCGCCCCGAAGGAAGUACAAGGGCUGGGAUACCGUCAAGUUGACCAAGUCUAGACAGGGGAAGUGGAGAGGCAGAAGUCGGUCCAGAGCAGCUUUUGUGAACCUACAUCACCUGUGGCGUAGGCGUGACAUCAGCUUCUCUGUCAAGGGUCGAGUUUACAAUGCUGCGGUGCGCUCCAUAUUACUAUACGGUCAGAAACCUGGCUGCUGCACGCCGAGGACGUCAAAAGACUUUCAGUGUUUGAUCAUUGAUGUCUUCGGAGCAUUGCCCGAAUAUGGUGGGAACACCGGAUCAGCAAUUCUGAAGUAG